AGACGAACAUGGCGGCUCCCUUAAUAAAGUUCAAGACCAACUAUGCCGUGACAAGGAAAAUCGAAGCUUUCUACAAAGGAGGAAAAGUUCAGAUAAGCAGCGAUGGGACGUAUAUUCUUUGUACAUGCGGGAAUAAGCUCAAUAUACUGGAUAUCGCCACCGGGGCUGUCGCUUACACCAUCGAGCAGGAUGACCAGGAAGAUAUAACCUCAUUUGCGCUCAGCCCCGAUGAUGAGAUUUUGGUGACGGCCAGUCGGGCAUUGUUGCUAAAGCAGUGGGACUGGAGGCAGGGACAAUGCUCUCGCACCUGGAAAGCCAUUCACACCGCUCCGGUCUCCACAAUGACCUUCGACCCCACUUCCACAUUAUUGGCCACAGGAGGCUGCGACAGCACCAUAAAGAUCUGGGAUGUCAUCAAGCAGUACUGUACCCACAACCUGAAGGGUUCCUCGGGGGUCGUCCACUUGGUGCAGUUUCAUCCCGAUAUGUCACGACUGCAGCUUUUCUCAUCCUCCAUGGACUACAAGAUUCGCCUUUGGGACCUGAAAAGCAGCAAGUGCCUCUGCAUACUGGAGACCCACUUCAGCGCCGUGACCUCUCUUUGCUUUUCCACUGAUGGAAACACAAUGAUCAGCUCUGGACGGGAUAAAAUUUGCACCGUGUGGGAUCUGAAGACCAACAGCCCAAAGAGGACCGUGCCUGUGUAUGAGAGUGUAGAGGCUGUGGUCCUUCUCCCAGAUUCUCCUGAUGUGAUUGGUCGAGAAAAUGCCUCCCAGUCUCUGCUGUUCCUCACCGCUGGCAGUAAAGGCAUACUGCGAGUGUGGGACGCUGCUACUGCCGUCUGUGUCUAUGGCCAGACUCUGCCUCACAUCACCGAGGGCAACUCCACAGAGGAGGAGGCUAAUGAGCACAGCCUGACCCACUGCCUGCUCAUCCCUGAUCUGAGCCAGGUGGCCACAGUCACUGCCGAACACAACAUCCUCAUGUACGAUCUUCAGAACCUCCAGCUGAAGAAGCAGUUCGCCGGAUAUAACGAUGAGGUUCUAGAUGUGAAGUUCCUGGGUCCUUCCGACUCUCAUAUUGUGGUGGCCACCAACAGCCCCCAACUGAAAGUGUUUGAUUUGGAAACCUCAAAUUGCCAGAUACUCUACGGGCAUACAGAGACUGUCCUUGCCUUGGAUGUUUUUAAGAAAGGCCUUCUCUUCGCCAGUUGUGCUAAGGACAGGACCAUAAGAGUUUGGCGAAUGAAAAAAGCCUCAGGGAAGGUCUCAUGCGUUGCACAGGGCAGCGGUCAUACCAACGGAGUGGGAACAAUCUCAUGUUCAAGAAUGAAGGAGACUUUUCUAGUAAGUGGCAGCCAAGACUACACCAUUAAACUCUGGAAGCUCCCAGAAUCCCUAGUUAACAAACAGGGCAAAGGCAGUGCAGGAGAUCUGGAGAGAUUGCAGGCCUGCGCCACUGAGAAGGCACAUGAUAAGGAUAUAAACAGCGUCACUGUCUCACCCAAUGACAAGCUGAUCGCUUCCGGAUCUCAGGACAAGACAGCCAAACUGUGGUCGGCCACGGACCUCUCUCUCCUGGGAGUCUUUCGGGGCCACAAGAGGGGCAUUUGGUGCGUGCAGUUCUCAAGCGUCGACCAAGUCCUGGCCACCACAUCUGCUGAUGGGACACUGAAAUUGUGGGGAUUGCAGGACUUCAGUUGCCUGAAGACGUUUGAGGGUCACGAUGCUUCAGUUCUGAAGGUGUCGUUUGUUAGUCGUGGGGCUCAGCUUCUCACAAGUGGCUCCGACGGCCUGCUGAAACUCUGGACCAUAAAAUCCAAUGAGUGUGUGAAGACACUGGACACCCACGAAGACAAAGUCUGGGGUCUUCACUGCAACAGGGAGGAUGAUGCUCUGGUCACUGGAUCUGCUGACUCUACCAUUAUCCUAUGGAAGGAUGUCACAGAGACGGAGCUGGCUGAAGAGCAGGCAAAGGAAGAGGAGGGCAUCCUAAAGCAACAAGAGCUGUCAAAUUUGCUGCAUGAGAAGCGAUUCCUGAAAGCGCUGGGACUGGCCAUCUCAUUAGAUCAACCUUACACUGUGCUCACCGUCAUCAAAGCGAUCCUCCAGGAACCACAAGGCAUCGAUGACUUGGAAAAACACAUUGUGAGGUUGCGCCCGGAUCAGAAAGAGUCCAUACUGCGCUACUGCUGUGUCUGGAACACAAACUCACGCAACUGCCACGAGUCACAGUCCGUGCUGAACAUCCUUCUUACCCACGAGCCCCCAGAGAGCCUCCUGCAGUUCACUGGGAUCCGAGGGUCCCUGGAAGCCCUCAUACCUUACACAGAGAGGCACAUGCAGCGGAUGGGCAGGCUGCUCCAGGCGUCCAUGUUUGUUGACUUUAUGUGGCAGCAAAUGCGACUGACGGAUUUGCCAGCAGAAGACAAGGCACCUGAGUCUAUUGCUACAAAGUCUGCUCCUGUUGCUGGGAAGCACAAAAUCUCCUCCGUUCAGGGCUGAGCCCCCUUGGAUCCCCCAACACACUGUAUAAAAUAUAACCGUCGCCCCCUACAUUACCAACAUCAGAAGGAACACUCAGCCGCUGGGUCACAUGCCAGAGGACUAGGAUCCUGGGCAGCCUGUUGAGACGUUCUGGGUUGGUUCCCGUAUGUACAGCCUGCAGCUAACCUGUUGGAGAUCACAGUGUGAGGACUGUCAGUAGAAAGAUGUAUAUGGUUAUUCCUGCAGUUGCCAUGGAGACAACCAAGCCCUGCAUUAUGGAACGAGCCUCUGGCUACUCGUAUAAAGUGAGGACUCCAUAAACUGCGAUUGCCUUUCUCCAGACUGUACCACCCUGCCUUGCCUUCAGCUUACCUGUGCAAUAUGAGUGGUACAUCUAUUAUUUUUUUUUAGGGAUUUAAUAAAAUGUUCCCUAAUUUAA